CUGGAGCCACCUUUCAUCUUCUGUCCUCUUCCUCCAGCACAUGUCUGGAAGGGGCUCCAUGAGGCCGAAGGAUCAGCUCCCGAGUUCUCUGAGACUGUGGCACGGCUCGCCGGCUUCUUCAGCUACAGGCUUUUAGAGCCUCCUCCCUGGAGAGAGAACAAAUCCUAACGCAACUCUAGCAAAGAGCCAGGCUCAUGCUGCACUCCCCUGAGAGCUUUGGAGGGCGGGGGAGAGCCAGGCUGCGUAAAGCACUGCUUAAUUCCGAGGUGUCAGUGAGGCAGGAAAGAGGCCGUAGAACCUGUUAUUUUGACUCCCAGAUCUGGGGUGGCAGCUCCAGGGCCCCUCUGUGGCCACAGCCUUGAGUGAAUCAAGCGAGACUACUACAGGUCCUCGUAAUUCUGGGGCACGAGAGAGGUGGCAGAAUAUAUUUUUCACUUAAAUUCUGAGCCGAUGUGUCCAGAGAACAAGAACCAUGCUAUUGAAUGACUCAAUGUCCCUGUCAUUCCUGACUUUUAUUUAUUUAUAGAAUUCAUUAUUCUUGACUUUGUCAGAUCUGCUUUGGGGACUAAGGCAGGCAAUGCUGGGGAUCGGAGACAGGUGUUACACGCUUGGAUCUGAGGGCUGAGGUGGCCUCCAGUUGGACAUUCCUGUCCUGUGGUCUGAGGGGGAACCUCGAGUCAGUUUAUUUUAGGGUUUUGUUCUUGGUUCAGAGGUAAUCUUGGACAGAGGAGGACAGGGUGAGUCGCGUUGAUGUAAGCUGGCUUGUUUCAGCUCUCAGGGGCUGGGGUUGAGGCUUUGAAAACGAGCCAGGGCAGCCUUGGCGGCUUCUCCCCUCCUGGUCAGAACACUUCCACUUUCAUUUGUGAAAGAAAAACCAGGAAGUGAGGUCUCUGAGUGCGCACGGCAUGCUAGCAAGCCCAGCAUGGCCUGACUCAGAGCGGGGCAGAACUGGGGAUGCUCUGAGCUGUGACAUCUGUCUGCAUAGACUCUCUGAAGCCACCCUGUCCCUGGAGGAACCAGGGCUGAGGGAAGACAGACAGGGACUCGUGGCAGGAAGCCCCGUUCUCUGGAAGAGCCAAGUAAUGCAGCCCCCUCCCAGGGUCUGAAUUUCCUGCUGCUAUUCACAAAGAUGCUUUUUAUCUUUAAUUUUUUGUUUUCCCCACUUCCAACCCCGGCACUGAUCUGCAUCCUGACAUUUGGAGCUGCCAUCUUCCUGUGGCUGAUCAACAGACCUCAACCAGCUCUACCUCUUAUUGACCUGAACAACCAGUCUGUGGGAAUUGAGGGAGGAGCAAGGAAGGGUGUUUCCCAAGAGAACGAUGACCUAAUACGUUACUACUUCUCAGAUGCCAAGACCAUGUAUGAAAUUUUUCAAAGAGGACUUGCUGUGUCUGACAACGGGCCCUGCUUGGGAUACAGAAGACCAAACCAGCCCUACAGAUGGCUGUCCUAUAAACAGGUGUCUGAUCGAGCAGAGUAUCUGGGCUCCUGUCUCUUGCAUAAAGGACAUCAGCCUUCACCAGACCAUUUUGUUGGAAUCUUUGCUCAGAACAGGCCAGAGUGGAUCAUCUCUGAGUUGGCUUGUUACACAUACUCCAUGGUAGCUGUCCCCCUGUAUGACACCUUGGGAGAAGAAGCCAUCAUUUAUAUUGUCAACAAAGCCAAUAUCACCACAGUGAUCUGUGAUACACCCCAAAAGGCAUCCAUCCUGAUAGGGAAUGUAGAGAAGGGCCUCACUCCAGGCCUUAAGAUGGUCAUCCUUAUGGACUCCUUCGAUGAUGACCUGAAGCAAAGAGCGGAGAAGACUGGAGUUGAGAUCUUAUCCUUGUUUGAUGCUGAGAAUCUAGGCAAAGAGAACUUCAGAAAACCUGUGCCUCCUAAUCCAGAAGACCUAAGCAUCAUUUGUUUCACCAGUGGAACCACAGGUGACCCCAAAGGAGCUAUGUUAACCCAUGAAAAUAUUGCUUCAAAUGUUGCUGGUUUUCUGAAAUGUGUGGAGCAUACGUUUGUGCCCAACCCUGAUGAUGUGACCAUAUCCUACCUCCCUUUGGCCCAUAUGUUUGAGAGGAUUGUCCAGGCUGUCAUAUACUGCAGUGGUGCUAAAGUUGGUUUUUUCCAAGGAGAUAUUCGGUUGCUGCCUGAUGACAUGAAGACUCUAAAGCCCACAGUGUUCCCCGCUGUGCCUCGACUCCUUAACAGAGUCUAUGAUAAGGUGCAAAAUGAAGCCAAGACACCUUUGAAGAAGUUCUUAUUGAACUUUGCUGUUACCUGGAAAUUCAAAGAAGUGCAAAGGGGUGUCAUCAGGAAUGACAGUUGCUGGGACAAGCUCAUCUUUAGAAAGAUCCAGGCCAGCCUGGGCGGGAAGGUCCGCAUCCUGGUCACUGGAGCUGCCCCCAUCUCUACUCCAGUCAUGACUUUUCUCCGAGCAGCCAUGGGAUGUCAGGUGUAUGAAGCUUACGGUCAAACAGAAUGCACAGGUGGCUGUACAUUUACAUCACCUGGAGACUGGACAUCGGGCCACGUUGGAGCCCCCAUGGCCUGCAAUUAUGUGAAGCUAGAAGACGUGGCUGACAUGAACUACUUCUCAGUGAACAAUGAAGGAGAGAUCUGCAUCAAGGGCACCAAUGUGUUCAAAGGAUACCUGAAAGACCCUGAGAAGACAAAGGAAGCUCUGGACAGUGAUGGCUGGCUCCACACAGGAGACAUUGGUCGCUGGCUCCCGAAUGGAACUCUGAAGAUCGUGGACCGGAAGAAGAACAUUUUCAAGUUGGCCCAAGGAGAAUACAUUGCUCCAGAGAAGAUAGAAAAUAUCUACCUCAGGAGCAGACCAGUGUUACAAAUUUUCGUACAUGGGGACAGCUUACGGUCAUCCUUAGUGGCAGUGGUGGUUCCUGACCCAGAUGUGCUUCCCUCAUUUGCAGCCAAACUUGGGGUCAAGGGCUCCCUUGAAGAACUGUGCCAAAACCAAGUUAUAAAAGAAGCUAUUUUACAAGACUUACAGAAAAUUGGGACAGAAAGUGGCCUUAAAUCCUUUGAACAGGUCAAAAACAUCUUUCUUCAUUUAGAGCCAUUUUCCAUUGAAAAUGGGCUCUUGACACCAACACUGAAAGCAAAGCGGGCAGACCUUUCCAAAUACUUUCGGACUCAGAUCGACACCCUGUAUGGGAUGCUCCAGGAGUAGAUUAAGUUUGUUGCUGAACUGGAGACUACGGGGGAAGGAGUUGAAACUAUGGCCAGUGAACUUUUCCAGUAAAUGAAGCAAGCACUGAAUAAAAACUCUUGCACUGGGAACAAAGAUCUAUGGGGCAAGCACAAUGCCCACACCUCAGGCUUAUCUGCUGUGAAGGAACCAGCUGACCUUCCCCCACCCUUGGAUUCCAGCUCCUGCUGUACCUUACUCCAGAUAACACGCGUUGCUUCAACCUGUAAAUGUAAAGUCUGUAAAAUAAACUAUUACAGAUA